GUCCGCGAAGAAAAAGCCAGCGUUUAUGAGCGCGCCAAGUGUGCACGACUUCAAAAGCAACUGCCCAUCGCUAUUCCGCCGCAAACGGUGUUGCUGCUGUCAGCGCUGCGACCCGACCGCAGACACCAGCUAGGACCUGCGACGCGCACAACAUGGCGGCACUGUCACCACCACAAGCACAACAGCGAUCAUGCAUAAUCUCGUCGAUUGUGAGUCAAAGACGAUCAGCACGUCAACCAGUGCACAGCCUUUAUCCGGAACCGCACGCUAGCAGUGGAAGGAAUAUGGCUGCCCGGUGGAUAUAUGUGGCAUUGGUAGCGCUGCUAGCAAUCACACUGCACGCGGUUGACGCCUCACCGAACGCAACCAUCGCUAAUGGAAGCGUUAAUGGGCCGAUUUCGGUGCAGCCCAAUUACAACGUUAGCAGCGAUGAUCUAAUUACGCCGGCUGAGAUCAAUGCUGGGCUGCUGGAGUAUGUAGCCGGUCCGCUACCACUCGCAGCGAUCGAUGCAGCCAAACCGAAGAGAGAAAAUGCGCGGCCAGCCGCCAUCUACAUGAACGAGUUCGCUGUUUAUAUUCCGCGGGGUGGUGAUGUUGCUGACUCCAUCGCACACAAGUACGGGUUCAGCAAUAUGGGACAGAUCGGUCCCUUGAAAGGCUACUAUCUGUUUCAUCACAAUCACGUCCGCAAACGUUCGCUCGAUCGUAGCGAUGUGCAUCACAAUGCUCUCAAUACUGAGCCGGAGGUCCGAUGGGUACAGCAGCAGCACGAGAAGCCCCGAUACAAGCGUGAUUAUAGCACGUUCGAUCAGGACUUUGUGCGAUUUCCAGGGUUCCGCUCACUCGUGUCCGGUGCGAGGAUGGCCUACCGUGACACGAGCACCCACAACAUCUUUCCCGAUCCACUAUUCAAGGAACAGUGGUACCUGGUGAGUGCAAACGGUGGCGCCAAAGAUGGACCGGACAUGAACGUUGGGCCGGCCUGGCAGAAGGGCUACACUGGCAAGGGUGUCGUGGUGUCAAUUCUCGACGACGGCAUCCAGCGCAACCAUCCGGAUCUGGCACUCAACUACGAUCCGGACGCUUCGUACGACAUUAACGGCAACGACUCGGACCCGAUGCCGCGCGAUAACGGUGACAACAAGCAUGGAACGCGCUGCGCCGGCGAAGUAGCGGCCGUCGCCUUCAACCAGUACUGCGGGGUCGGUGUGGCAUACAACGCUAGCAUCGGUGGCGUACGCAUGCUGGAUGGUACGGUAAACGAUGCGGUGGAAGCCAAAGCGCUCGGUCUGAAUCCGGACCACAUCGAUAUCUACAGCGCUUCCUGGGGCCCGGAAGACGACGGUUCAACGGUGGAUGGACCGGGACCGUUGGCACGGCGUGCUUUCAUCUUCGGUGUCACCAGUGGCCGGCAGGGUAAGGGUUCGAUUUUCAUCUGGGCCUCGGGCAACGGUGGUCGCUAUACGGACAGCUGCAACUGCGAUGGCUACACCAACUCCAUCUUCACCCUAUCGAUCUCGAGCGCCACUCAGGGCGGCUACAAACCGUGGUAUCUGGAGGAAUGUUCGUCAACACUUGCAACCACCUACAGUUCUGGUACGCCCGGACAUGACAAGAGUGUCGCUACCGUCGACAUGGACGGUUCGCUGCGUCCUGAUAGGAUCUGUACCGUAGAACACACAGGAACAUCGGCCUCGGCCCCGUUGGCUGCCGGCAUAGCGGCACUUGCCCUUGAAGCUAACCCGGCCCUUACCUGGCGUGAUAUGCAAUAUCUCGUCGUGCUGACGUCACGGUCAGAUCCGCUCGAGAAAGAGCCGGGCUGGAUACUGAACGGUGUCAAGCGUAAGGUGAGUCACAAAUUCGGCUACGGACUGAUGGAUGCGGGCGCAAUGGUAAGUCUGGCCGAACAGUGGACCGCGGUGCCCUCGCAGCAUAUCUGCAAGUCACGCGAGAUCAACGAGGAUCGUCCGAUCGAAGUGUCCGUAGGCUACACGCUCCAGACGCACAUGGAUGUGAAUGGGUGUGCCGGUACGGUGAACGAAGUGCGCUAUCUGGAGCACGUCCAGUGCAAGAUCACGUUACGAUUCUUCCCACGGGGAAAUCUGCGCAUCUUGCUCACGUCACCCAUGGGUACGACGUCAACGCUGCUGUUCGAGCGACCGCGUGAUAUCACCAAGUCCAACUUUGACGAUUGGCCGUUCCUGAGCGUCCAUUUCUGGGGCGAACGGGCGGAGGGUCGCUGGACGCUACAGAUUCUGAACGGUGGGCCACGCCGCGUCAGCCAGCCUGGCAUCCUGUCCAAGUGGCAGCUUAUCUUUUACGGCACACAGACCGACCCGAUCCGGCUCAAGUCGGAGGGCACGCGUACCGGAGCGCCUGGAUACUCCGGGUUGAAUCCGUUCGUGUUUCCGACCGAAACGGAUAUUAACCAGCAGGCAGGUUCGCUCGGUGGUGCCGGUGCCGCUUACUAUCAGUCGGAUCUGUACAACAACUUCAUGAACUACCCGAACCUGUACAGUGCGGCUGGCAGUGGGAUCGAUAAGACGGUGGCAACGCUGAACGGCCACAACAUUCCAACGGCACAGCGUGAGAACGUGAUGGCUGACUCGAACAACAAGCUUGUGGUGUUGCACGACUGUGACCCCGAGUGUGAUCAACAGGGAUGCUACGGGAAGGGACCAACGCAGUGCGUCGCCUGCAAACAUUACCGGUUGGACAAUACCUGCGUAAGUCGGUGUCCCCCAAGGAGCUUCCCGAACCAGGGCGGUGUCUGCUGGCCUUGUCACGAGUCGUGUGAAACGUGUGCCGGCGCCGGCCAGGACAGCUGCUUGACGUGCGCCCCAGCCCAUUUGUACGUUACCGAUUUGGCCGUCUGUCUGCAGGUCUGCCCCGAAGGAUACUAUGAAAAUUACGAUAAUCGAACGUGUGUACCGUGCGAGGCAAACUGUGCCUCCUGCCAGGACCGGCCCGAUUACUGUACAAGCUGUGAUCAUCAUUUAGUUAUGCAUGAGCACCGCUGUUACGCCGCCUGCCCGAAAAACACCUACGAAACGGAGGAUUACAACUGUGCCGAUUGCCAUCCGUCCUGUGCCACCUGUAACGGAUCAUCCGAGAGCCAGUGCAUCCUGUGCCGGGCCGGCCGGUUCGCGCACGAAGGUCGCUGCCUGAACGCCUGCCCGAACGGUUACUAUGGGGACAAGAAGCGCCACGAAUGCAUUGCCUGCCCGCAUGUUUGUGCCACCUGUGGCAAUGGGGCCGUUUGUCUGACGUGCAACGACAACUGGACCAUGAACCGGAAGGGGAAAUGCAUCGCGAACGGCAAUAACAACUGUGACGAAUCUGAAUACUUUGAAAACGGCCACUGCCAUCCGUGCCACUCGACGUGCGAAACCUGCACCGGACCGACGGAGAAUGAGUGUUUGACCUGUGCCUCGAAUCUGCUGCUCCAGGGCCAACGGUGCGUAAAUGUGUGCGACGAAGGAUACUACAUGGAGGUUGGCGUGUGUGCGAAGUGUUUGCACACCUGCACCCAGUGUGUCUCGCGCAUGAACUGUACCGCCUGCAUGAAGGGUUUGCAGCUACAGAGCGGCGAGUGUCGCACGACGUGUGCCGAUGGCUAUUACAGCGAUCGUGGAACGUGUGCUAAAUGCUAUCUAAGCUGUCACACGUGCAGUGGUCCCCGACGAAACCAGUGCGUACAGUGUCCGGAAGGGUGGCAGCUGGCGGGUGGUGAAUGUUUCCCCGAAUGUCCGGAAGGGUUCUUUAAGACAAAGUUCGGAUGUCAGCGUUGCCAUCAUUACUGCAAGACUUGCAACGGAGCGGGUCCAGUGGCUUGUACGUCCUGUCCAGCCCACAGCAUGCUGCAGAACGGACUGUGCAUCGAUUGUCUCGCCUCGCAGUACUACGAUCCACCGACGCAAACAUGCAAAACGUGCCACGAGUCGUGCCGGACGUGCAGCGGUCCUGGACAGUUCUCCUGCCUCACCUGCCCCUUCCCGCUGCACCUCGACCGACUCAACCAUCAAUGUGUGCCUUGCUGUGCGGCGGACGCAUCGCCCGAUGAUCAGAGCUGCUGCCACUGUGACAAAGCGACCGGUGGUUGCAUUAAUGCAUCACCCGCCGGCAAACGACGCAUCGGAGCCGAGCAACAGUUGCUGCAGUUCGGCGAGGAGAGCAACAGUGGUGCUGCGAACGUUCCCGGCGAGGGCGCAGAAGCCGGCCAGUCGCGUCGCGUCUGGCAGCAGUUCCUAACAAGCACGUCCACGCCGACGCUGAUGGUGGUCGCCGUGUCCGGCUGUCUGCUAAUUGUUACCCUGUUUGUAGUGAUAUUUACCGUUUUACAGAAGCGUAGCCAAACGAUGUACACUGGAAUUAAGUAUAAUAAAUUAGGCAAGAAACCACCGUCGGGCGGUAGCCGUACCACCAGGAUAUCGAUACCGGCCGAUGGCGAUGAUUUACUGGAACCAAUUGUAAAUAAUGGUAACGAGGAGGAGGACGAGGAGGAUGACGACGAGGACGAUGACGCGUACGAUGGUGGCGAAAUCUCGGGCAGCCGGGAUGAGGAUGAGGAUGAGCAGCAGCAGCAGCAACGUGGCGGACGUUUUGACAGCCGGAGGUCAACCGCAGCAAUGGCGGCGACCACGAUGGCAGCCGCACGAGGGAAAAGGACGUUCCGCUAUGCGACCACCGCCACCCGGACCUAG